GCGGGGCCGCGCCUGCGCGCUGCGGCGCUUCCGUGGCGGCCCGAGGGCGAGCGGAGGCGGGAGCCGGGCCCAGCCGCGCCGAGCCGAGCCGCGCCGCCGCACGGACGACGCCAUGGCCAGCUCCCCCGUGUCCCGCGUGGUGUACAACGGCAAGCGGAGCGGCGGGCCGCGCUCCCCCGGCGCCGGCGGCGAGCUCUUCACGCCGGCCCACGAGGAGAACGUGCGCUUCAUCUACGAGGCCUGGCAGUGCGUGGAGCGCGACCUGCGCAGCCAGAUGGGCGCCGAGCGCGGCCUGGUCGAGGAGUACGUGGAGAAGAUGCCGAACCCCAGCCUCAAAGCGUUCAAACCCGUCGACCUGAGCGAUCUGAAGAGGAGGAACGCACAGGACGCGAAGAAGUCCUAAGGCGGGCCCUCCGCGCGGAUUGGCUGGUCUCCCAAGGUCCUCAAGCAGAUUUAAUUUGAGAUUUUUGUGUUGAUUUCCUCCUCUGGUUACUGUACUCUGCCUGUGGAGAGCCGGUCGGCUUUGGGGCUGGCUUCGAUGCUACCUGAAUUCCAAGAUGCUUAGGGGCUCGCCGAAGGCAUCCAGAGCCCCUUGUAAAAGAUUCCAGCCCCUAACCUGCAGCUUUCUCUGGCCUCAAGCUGUCCUCCUCCACUUCGUGCUGGGCUCACAGGUCACUUAUUCUCCUUCCAUCUCUGUCCCUGGUGCGCUGCGUACUCAGGCUCGCUGGGGUCUGGCGUACAGCAGGGCAGAGCCGAGUAGCUGCGUUGUUAGUAGCGGCAGCGCCAGUUCUCUGCUCCCUUCUGCGUCCCAAAGGCUCACAGUUGCUGGAGCAGGCCAAGGGGAGAGUGAAGGAGACUUGGUGCUGACCUUGUGCCUCAAGACAGGCGGCCCCAGUUCAACACCAGGUAGUUCAGCACCUUCUGGCAGCUGGCUGCUGCUGCUUUGGCACACUUUGCCUGUUCCUUGCUCCCUGGUGGGAGGGCUUAAUUUGUACCUGGGCUGCUAAUGCCUGGGACUCAUCAGUGCUGCCAAAGCUCUUGGGUCCAUAUCCGAUGCCGGAUUUUCCUUGUGCUUAGAGUGGGCCAGGUCCCUGCGGUGCUGACGACGAAGCUACUCCUCUCUCCCUGCAGGUGGAGGGAGAGGAGGGCACCAGCACUGGCCCCAGCCCCAAGCAUCCUGGAGGUGCUCGGAGGGGGAGCGCUGGGCUGCUCUCAGCUCCCCCCAGCCUCAGUGCGCUGGCAGCAACACAGAAGGUGGCGGGAGGGGGUUGGGGGGGCUGGCGCUGCCUUUGCAGAAAGAAGCUUAUUUCCAUCCUUGCCUGAGCAAUGCCUCGCUGUUCUAGCACUGACACGGCUUUCCAGACAUGCACCCUUUGAAGAGACCUGGCCUCCACAGCUGGCAGAAGCGCUGCUGUGUGGCAGCUGUGGUGAGCAGGUCUAACUCGCUGCGGGGAUUGGCUUCCCUGGCAAGGCUCAGGUUCCUUCUGCCUAAUCACCUCUGCGCAAGGGAGAGUGACUGCACCCUCACACCCGUGCGGGCAGAGAGCUGCGUGGCCGCGGGGCUGCUCGGUGUCCCUAGGACACGCGGGGAGCUGUGGGAGCCGCCUGCUGCCUGCCUGAGCUCAGAGAGCUGGUGGGGAGGGGGCUGCUGGGGCUCUGCCCAGCACAAGUGGGCUUCGUGGCGGAUGCAGGGUGCAGGGGAGUUGUGAUUGCUGUUAACUUUCCUUUGUUGUCAUUGAGCUAUACUGUUCCCUUUUUUUUUCUUUUUUUUUUUUUUUCUGUUGUCUGUCACUUGAGGAGUGUUGUAAAUAAAAGCUUGUGUCCUUUUGA